AUGGCUAUAUUUUUGGGUCCAAAUAACCAAAGCUUUAUUCAACUUAUCAAUGUAAAAUGUGUAACAUGUUUUCAAGUAACACGAUAUGGUGGGUCUCCGACAGAUACUUUUCGAUUGAGAGUUGAUACAGCUGAUACAAGCAGCUUAACAUAUUUAAAAGAUGGUUUCGCCCAAAACGUAUCAGGAACCUGUGGAACACUAUCAUUCGAUCCAUAUGAAAAAGUUUGUAUUUUUGAAUGUCAAUGCAGUAAAAACACUCCAAGCUUUGAUGCAUUUGAACAGAAAUGUAUUGCAGAAAAUGUUUUGAAAAAAGAUUGUAAUUACGUCAGCGGCUCAUGGUCUUGGCAUUUUGGCUGGAAUUGGGAUGGUGAAGAAAAUUCGCUUCCAAUACUUGACGUACAAUCCUACGGUUUGACUGCUGCAAUAAACGUUUCAGCCAAAUUAUACGAUAAGUGUACAAUAACCUUCGGAGAAAGAUACAGCAAAGAUGGAUUAUGGAAACCCAUUGAUUUGAGGUUUUCCGAAGAAGAAAAUGUAGUUUUCUUUGAACUACACGAAAUGUGGCAUUUCACUUGGAUUAUUUCUGCGAUGAAUGACAGUGAAAAGCACAACAUCGAAGCAUCGUUUUUACGGAUACAUAUUACAUGCAUAAACGAUAAGGCUUCCAGUCAUGAGAUCGCAUUAAAAGAAAUUUCAUCUUGUUUUGUCUUAAAAACAACUGGAAAUGUAACAUACAAAUACACAAAUAAGUGCAAAUACACUAAAACAGACAAAUACACCAAGGCAACAGCAGCUGAUAAACGGACUACUACAACAUCAAUUGGGAAGGACAAAACAAAGUCGUCGGUCAACAUUCUGACAUGGAUAGGAGUUAGCAUCGGUUUGGUCGUUGUUCUAUUUGUUGUGCUAUUCAUAUUGUAUUGUUUUUUGAUUAAAAAAUGCGGUCAGUCGACGAACGUGGUUGGAAUUAAAGAAAGCGUCAAGUUUAUUCGUGGCAAUAAUCCUGAAACGUCGCGAGUGAAAUUUGUUUGACUCUCACCAAAGGAUGGAAAUAAAUUGGGGAUAGUAAAAAUGAAUUUUAUUCAUGUUACAGUUGAAAGCAUUGACCAAUAGUAAUUUGAUUUUUUUGAUUUCAGACCUUUCUUAAAAGAUUCUGCGAUUAUGCAUACAAAUAUAUUCAUGAAUAUCGUGUAAGGGUAAAAAAAACACGUAUAAAGUAUAUGGAUUUAUUUAUAAAUCUAAGAAAUUGAUGCAAGAAAGCAAGGGCAUUGGUAAUUUUUUUUUGGGUGAGGGGUAUUAUUCAUAUAUGCAUGUUUUACUUUAUUAGUUUCAAUUGAAAUCAAUUGUGGUUACGGAUUAUAAGAUAUGAAUAUAUGAAUAUAGCCCCCAAAUUAUCAAUGUUCCGCCGUCACUGCAAGGAAGAUGAAAAACAUUUAAAAAGCACAUAGGUAACAAUGGCUUGUUCUGAAUAGAGAUGAACUGGUUUCAUUGUCUAACUUGUAUAAAACACCCAUUAGAUUGCACAGUAAAAUUCUACAAUUUCAUUUUAUAACUUGUCAAUUAAGCAUCCGUUUUGCACGAGACUAUGUGAGACUGUUUCCAUGACUUAAUUUUUUUAUAGAUAAAGAAGACAUAUCGUCGUAGUUACAAAACAUCUUACUUAUAUGCUAUAUAUUGUUAUUUUCGUGUGUUUAAGAAAACUGAAGAUGCAAGGGAGCAAAUGGAAAGAAAUUUUUCGUUUCAAAGCACUAUCUUACUCGUAUUUACCGUGUGCGGUAUAUUAGUACCUCUACGGUUUGCGUUUCGCGGAACAAAAUUAUUGUGCGAAGAAGAUCAUUAUAAAAAGAUGGUGAUAAUUUCCUCCAUAUUCUCUCGUUCAGCUCGGAAAGAAAAUCAACGCCAUCACAAGAAGUUACCAAGCGCUUCAUUAAACGUUAUAAAAAAGCCUCCAACACUUCUUAAGUCAUUAAAAAUCUUUUAUUAUUGGCCAAUAGAAGACUGAUAAAAUUUCUCCAGCAUAUUUUAAGUAAGUCACAAAAAACCUCGCUUACCAUGAAGUAUAAACAUGAACAAAAUUCGCCUAUCAUCUGUGUUUCAAAGGAUAACACAGAUUAUAUGGAAUGCGUUGGAAAUUGCUACCCAAGAGAUUGUCAUGGGAUGUCACAUGACUUGAUUAAUAUGGUCUUUAAUGUGUAUACAGAUGUAGUAACAAGUGAGAAACGGUUAGUUGUACGAGCAAAAAAGAUUAUUUGAAUAUCUUUUAUUAGUCAGUGUAAAUUACAUGAUUUAUUUCUCCAGAAAAGCAAACUUAUUGCAAUGCCAUAUAAAGAUAUCAUUUUAAAUGAAUAAGGCGAGGAAAUGUUAACUGUAUUAUUUUGAACUGUGAUAAUUGGUACGAAUCUACCAUGAAGAAUCUGCGUUCAAUCUCAAGAUUCUUCCACGACCUUAUUUUAGAAUUAAAGGUGUCACAAAUGUCUAGCAUUAACGACUUACAAA